UUUUUUUNUUUUUUUUUUUUUUUUUUUUUUUCUCCUGCCGGCUCGAACCGUGGCUUGCCCAGGUAUGCCUGCCUCACUGCAGCACCUUGUGCUGGUGCUCCUGCUCUCCAGUGCCACCCUGCUGCUCGGCACUGCGGCUGCUACACAGAGUGAGGAGCGGCUGUGUGCAUUUAAAGACCCAUAUCAGCAGGACCAUGGAAUCAGUGAGAGCCGAAUCUCCCAGGAGAAUGGCACGAUUUUGUGCAUGAAAGGUAGUACCUGCUAUGGACUUUGGGAAAAAACACGAGAAGGAGACAUACAUCUUGUAAAACAAGGUUGCUGGUCUCAUAUAGGAGACCCACAGGAGUGUCACUUUGAAGAGUGUAUAGUUACAACCACCCCUUCCUUGAUUCAGAAUGGAACAUACCGCUUCUGCUGCUGUAGUACAGACUUGUGUAAUGUCAACUUCACAGAAAACUUCCCACCUCCUGACCCUACUGAUACAACACCUUACAAUUCUUCUCAUUCUUUUCAUCGAGAUGAGACCAUCGUUAUUGCCCUGGCAUCUGUGUCUGUACUGGCUGUUCUCAUAGCUGCUCUAUUCUUUGGCUACAGGAUGCUUGCAGGAGACCGUAAACAAGGUUUGCACAGUAUGAACAUGAUGGAGGCAGCAGCUUCAGAGCCCUCACUGGAUCUGGAUAAUCUGAAGUUGUUGGAGUUGAUUGGCCGGGGACGAUAUGGAGCAGUGUAUAAAGGUUCCCUAGAUGAACGUCCAGUUGCUGUGAAAGUAUUUUCUUUUGCUAAUCGUCAGAACUUUGUCAAUGAGAGGAACAUUUACAGGAUUCCACUGAUGGAACACGAUAACAUCGCCCGCUUCAUUGUGGGGGAUGAGAGAUUCACUGCAGACGGCCGGAUGGAAUAUUUAUUGGUGAUGGAAUAUUACCCCAAUGGUUCUUUGUGCAAAUAUUUGAGUCUCCACACAAGUGACUGGGUGAGCUCUUGUCGUUUGGCUCACUCCAUAACUCGGGGCUUGGCGUACCUGCACACGGAGCUGCCUCGAGGAGACCAUUACAAGCCUGCGAUAUCCCAUCGUGACUUGAACAGCCGCAAUGUGCUGGUGAAGAACGAUGGAACGUGUGUCAUCAGCGAUUUUGGACUCUCCAUGAAGUUAACUGGCAACAGACUGGUACGACCGGGUGAGGAAGACAAUGCAGCCAUCAGUGAGGUUGGUACGAUCCGCUAUAUGGCCCCAGAAGUGCUUGAAGGAGCAGUGAACUUGAGGGACUGUGAAUCUGCUUUGAAACAAGUAGAUAUGUAUGCGCUGGGCCUGAUCUACUGGGAGAUAUUCAUGAGAUGUACCGACCUCUUCCCAGGGGAAUCUGUGCCAGAGUACCAGAUGGCUUUCCAGACUGAAGUCGGAAACCAUCCCACUUUUGAAGAUAUGCAAGUCUUGGUGUCUAGAGAGAAGCAAAGACCAAAAUUCCCAGAAGCAUGGAAGGAGAACAGCCUGGCUGUGAGGUCACUUAAAGAAACAAUUGAAGACUGUUGGGAUCAAGAUGCAGAAGCUCGACUAACAGCACAGUGUGCUGAGGAGAGAAUGGCAGAGCUCAUGAUGAUUUGGGAGAGAAAUAAAUCAGUUAGUCCAACAGUCAAUCCUAUGUCAACUGCCAUGCAAAAUGAGAGGAAUCUGUCACAUCAUAGACGUGUAUCAAAGAUAAGGCCAUAUCCAGAUUAUUCUUCCUCUUCCUACAUUGAAGAUUCAAUCCACCACACUGACAGCAUAGUAAAGAACAUUUCUUCUGAACAUUCAAUGUCCACUACACCGUUGACUUCAGGAGAAAAGAAUAGAAAUUCCAUUAACUACGAGCGGCAGCAAGCACAAGCGCGCAUCCCUAGUCCUGAGACAAGUGUCACCAGUUUGUCCACCACCAACACAACUGGCCUCACUCCCAGCACUGGCAUGACCACCAUAUCCGAAAUGCCUUAUUCGGAUGAAACAAACUUACACACUACAAACGUCAUGCAGCCAGGUGGGCCCACCCCUGUUUGUCUGCAGCUAACAGAGGAGGACUUGGAGACAAAUAAAUUGGAUCCAAAAGAAGUGGAUAAGAACCUGAAAGAAAGCUCUGAUGAGAAUCUGAUGGAACAUUCACUUAAGCAGUUUAGUGGGCCAGAUCCGCUGAGCAGCACUAGUUCCAGCUUGCUUUAUCCACUGAUAAAACUUGCAGUAGAGGUGACAGGGCAACAGGACUUCACACAAGCUACCAAUGGUCAGGCAUGUUUGAUUCCCGAUGUCCCAUCUGCUCAGGUCUAUCCUCUACCCAAGCAACAGAACCUUCCGAAGAGGCCUACUAGCCUCCCUCUAAACACCAAAAAUUCUACAAAGGAGCCACGGUUAAAAUUUGGUGGCAAGCACAAAUCAAACUUGAAGCAAGUGGAAACGGGCGUUGCCAAGAUGAACACUAUCAAUGCUGCAGAACCUCACGUGGUGACAGUUACCAUGAAUGGAGUGGCUGGGAGGAGCCACGGCAUAAACUCUCACGCUGGCACAACCCAGUAUGCCAAUGGCACGGUGCCCUCCGGCCAGACCAGCAGCUCGGUAGCGCAGCGGGCCCAGGAAAUGCUCCAGAACCAGUUCAGUGGGGAGGAUAGUCGGCUGAAUAUCAACUCCAGUCCCGACGAGCACGAGCCCCUGCUGAGGCGGGAGCAGCAGGCUGGCCAUGAUGAAGGUGUUCUGGACCGCCUGGUAGACAGGAGGGAGCGGCCGCUGGAUAACGGCCGAACAAACGCCAACAACAACAACAGCAAUCCGUGUCCAGACACAGCUGCAGCCAGCAUCCAAAAUGUAGUGAGAAAUCCUGGGCAGACCCAGACCAGAAGAGCACAGAGGCCUAAUUCGCUGGAUCUGUCAGCCACAAGUAGUUUGGAUAGCAGUAGUAUGCAGUUAGGCGACUCCUCACAGGAUGGCAAAUCAGGCUCAGGAGAGAAGAUCAAGAAACGUGUGAAAACUCCGUACUCGCUCAAGCGGUGGCGUCCGUCCACGUGGGUCAUCUCCACGGAGCCGCUGCACUGCGAGGUCAACAACAACGGCAGUGAGCAGGCAGUGCCCCCCAAAUCCAGCACUGCUGUGUACCUUGCAGAGGGGGGCACUGCCACCACCAUGGUCUCUAAGGACGCAGGGGUGAACUGCCUGUGAAACGCUUCAAAAGCUGGCAAAUGACCUUUGUUUUGCAUUAUUUGAAACAUGCAGAAGACAUUUUUAAAAACUGCUUUCUCCUCCUGUCAGCAACCCCUACCAAGGACUCGCUUUAAAUAGAUUUCAGCUAUGCAGAAAAUUUUUAGCUUAUGCUUCCAUAUUUUUUAUUUUGUUUUAUUUUUUGAACGUUUUUGCACUUUUAUUUAGUAUCGCUAAAGUUAAGUCUGUCUGUUUUGACCACGGAAUAUAUAUAUGUGUAUCAAAGAUGUGGUCUCAAAAUAUUUUUUUAAAAAAAGUAACAAAAAAAAGUAUCGCUGAUAAUCAGUUUGGACCAGUUUCUUAAGGUCACUAAGAACAUAAGCAGACUAUAAGACAGGUUUGACUGCAGUGGUGUCUUGUAACCAUGUUUUAAUUUCUGUGCACAAGCUAGUCUGUAUAUUUCUAUGUUACAAAGUGUAUUCUCUUUUGAACCCCUUAUUUUCCUUGUGUCAUGUUGAAAUGUGCAAUAGUCUAUAGUUCACAGUAGGCUUUAUUGAAAAGUGUGUUUCUAAAACUGCCACAUGUUCCCAUUUUCGUAUUUGUUAAUUUUUCCUUGACAGUUGAGCAGUCAGCCGUCAUGACAGUGAACUUUGCACAUCGUAGCCAGCUUGAAGCAGCUGCCAAUAUCACAUUGUGCUCAGACGUGACAAUGCAUGAAUUUUCCCCAACUUGAAAGGGCUUUAAAAAAGGAACAAAAAAAGAAAAAAAAUCUGAGCUCCAUACCUUUCUUUUGAUCCUCCCUAAUCAAAAUGUGUUUCCUUCAUCAUAGUAUAUGCCAGCCUGUGAAGCUGAGUAACAAAAUGUUGAACAAAUGUAAGGAAACCGUGUCAGCCAUUUUUUCCAUUUUAUUUUGUGUGCAGUUUCACCCCCUCUAUUUAUGUAAAACCUUAUUUAGAUCACUAAUGAUGUACAUUGAAAAAUACAUUUUAUUCAGAAAUAUUAAUAAUUGUCAUACUUAAAAGCUUGAGUGAAGAUAGGUUGUGAACGUAUUUUGUUUACACAGAGAAAAAAAAAUUAGUCUUACUUGGCACAAAACAGUUUUGUGAUGAGUCACAAGUCUUUCCUGAUUUACCUCCUUACAGACAGCAUGGGGUAAAAAUAAGCCUGAUUGCUUAUGCAGGUAGGUGCAUCCUAACUGAUGGUUGUUGCCAGGUUGAGUCAAAACUCGUCCUCCCUUCAGAGUUCUUAGAGGCCCUCAUUCAUCUUGUUAAAGUUUAUUGCAUGCUUUUAAAAUUCUUUGGUGUUUGUGGGAGAGGGUUGGGGAUUUUUUUCCUUCUGCUUAGUCCCUUCUUUCAGUUUAUAUGCACACUGAUUUUAGCUGGCAGUGAAUGUGGAUGUAAUACGUAUUGAGAUAAAUUGUUUUUUCACUAUCUCAAGUAAACCCUUCCUUUUUUUGGAGUGAUUGGUUUUACCGUCUACUGAAAGAAAAUAAUUUUCUUAUUAGUUAGAACCUCCUUCCACCUAAGAAGUAGCCUUCCUCCUGAGAAGCAAUCUUUCCAAUUGAAAACACUUCAGUAAAAACUAUUUGGAUAUAAAAAGGUAUAACACACCAGUCUUUGGUAACAAGCAAAGAUUUAUUAUUUCAUCUGAAAACUGGUGAUGUUCAAAGAAAGAAAAUCAAUUCAGUCAGCCUGCCAGACUCCUGUGGCAGGAUACUGGCAGCAAACAAUUGCCUCCCCCAGCCUGUCUCCUUUCAGCUGACUAAAGCAGAUGCUCUCUGCUUUUAAGCUCAUUUGUUUCCUUGCCGUUUUACCAUUUUCUUCCCCUGAGGUAAACUUUGCCAACCCUGUUCUUCUCUAUCUGUUGAUACAACUAAUCUAAUACAUGCCUUGCUUACAUCUGAUUCUUGCUGUUCCCCAAAAUUCCUUGCUUGUUCUUGAUUGCUGUGAUUUUCUCUUGUAACGCUUCUUAACAUUUCUUAGAUUCUCCUAGAUAUCUCCAGGAGAUAGCACUAUAGAUGCAGACUUUGAUUAAGUGUAGUUGUAGAAAUACAAGCCAUGAGGCACAUUUUGAGCUCCUUAUGUUCUUUAAGCACCAGUUCAAAUAGUACCUCUCGUCUCUGAGGCGUAAUUAUGCUUUCCCCCUGUAUAAUACAGUUAUAUCACCCCUUUUUAAAAACACAGCCUUCUUCUGGUUUGACUUUUAAUUCACUCUCUGGCUUCCCAUCUGCUGCAGUCUCACGUCCCAGAUGUUGAAAACCUGCCAGCUACUCAGCUGGGUUUCAAGACCUGAAUCAGAAUUUCUGGCAUUCUAUUCAUGUUGCUCACUGUGGCUCUCUUCUCCUCUGGCCUCCUGUGAGUCUCUCUUUGGAUUGCUCUGUGUUGUUUUUUGGUGAGCACUGAUCGUGGUGUUGAGAAUUCUUCCCCCCUUUCCCAGUGACUUUUCUUUGCCUUGCAUGUAUCAUCCAUCAGCAUUUCAGAAUGUGGGCUGAAAACAAUAUUUAGGACUCUUACUAACUCAGACUACUCUGGGGAGAGAAAAAUACUUCUCUGACUGCUGCUUCUUUCUGCUGAGACAGAAUUGCACCAGUCUUUUAGCCUUUCUUUGCAGGCCAUGCCUUUGUAAGAAAUCCAACUGUUUUGUGAUCAAUGCAAUCAAAAUAACUUUAAUACCAGAUGAAGAUGUUGUUCUGCAGUUCUCCUUCAACAUUAUCUUAAACAAUACUUUUUUUCUUUCCUUUGUCUAUUUCUGUUACUUGCUGGAGGGCCUUUGGAAUGAAUUAUAAUUAGUAGCAAGAUUGGCUGUGCAAUCUACCAUGGAUAAAUAUAAUUUUUAAUAUGAUAGAAAAAUGUACCCUAUAGAUUAAACAGAUAAAAUCUAUUCUGUUUUAAAGGUCAGUCAAAGCAAACUCUGAAGUAGGUACCAAAGUACUGUAAUUCUGCACAGCUAGAUUAAAUCAGAUUAGAAGUUUGAUUUUAAUGUUUAAUAUAGUAAUGCCUUUUUUUUUUCUCAGAGCACAUAAUCCAGUGUCCAUAGAAUACUAUCUCUGUAAGUUAAAUGAUAUUGAAUUUUCGUGCUGCGGGGGAUCAUCCUUAACCAAACAAAAUACAUGUAAGAGAAAGAAUUCUACAAAUCAAACACAGGGAUAAUUGAUAUUGUACAACAAACAAGGAAAACAAAUGUGAUUUAUUGCCUUGUGAGUUAUGAUUUUGCUUGUUUUCUUUGAUUUUCAAAAAAAAAGGAAAGUUGUGAAAGUUGAUAAUUUUCUAUCAAUUUCUCAUGUAUAUUGCAGACAAGAUAAAUAUAGCAAAAUUAAAAUAGAACAGUAAUGUAAAUACCUAUUAAUUGUGCCACUGUCAAAUAGGCAAUAGUAGAAUAUUUGUUAGGGUAAUUUAUAAUGGAUAAUUCAAGUAAAAUGAUAGAGCAAACAGUUGUGAUUUUUGUCUGUAUAAGACAAAAUCCAAAAUCUUGCUGGGUAUAGAAAAUGGUUUACCAGUAGAAGCCAGGAGAGUUGCUUAGGUUAAUGCAUUGUCUCUUGUUCUGUUUCCUGUAAUGGAGAUACCAACAUACCACGCUUUUUAGACUGUGAAUUCUAACCCUUUGAACAGACAUGCCUCAUAGUCUUCUAAAAUUGGUGUUUACAAGUCAGAUUAUCUGCAACAAUUCCCUGAAUUUGCUUAUAAUGCUUUUGCAGCUUCAUAUCUUACCCAAUUUUUAUUACCAAGGCCUCCCUUGAAACUCCUAGAUGCACUUACACUGGUAUUCCUAAUUUAAAGGUAUUCCUAAUUUAAAAGAAAGCCAUCUGAUAGUAUCAUAAUUAGAAUAUUUUCAGAAACAACAUUUCCAUUCUUGUUUUGCUUUCAUAAUGCCACUUGUUUGUCUCUUGUUUUCAUAUAGAUAAUUACCUAAUUUUCAAAAGCAACACAUUUUUAUUUUUUUUUCAGUGCACUGGGCACAAAACAAUGCAAGAUAGAUGCUGGCAAUUUUCAGGAAACAAACAACAAAAAACUCCCACCUCAUAAAUAUGUUCUGAAAGUUCACAUCCUCCUACCUGCCUGCUUUCUCUAAAAGAAAUCUGGAAUCCUACAUGCCUCAGAGAGGAGAAUAAGGAAGUUCUUUAAUUGUAUGGAAUAAAUUAUUGGCCCCAAACCUAAUAGUAAUGAAUUCUUACUUAAAAAUAUAUAUGUAUACAUUGUAUAUGCCCUAGUUCCAGUGUUCAGUGCAUUUUGCUCUAAUCAUAUUCCUUUUUUAAAUGUUAAAAAAUAUCCACUAAUAUAACAUUACUGUAUUGAUGUUCAGAUUACAAUUUUAGUUAAUGAAAAAUAACAAAAGUUCAUACUUAUUCUGCCAUUGAAAUAUUACUGUGGACAUUUAUUGCCUAAUUAGCGAGCAUUUUAAAAUUGACAUAUUUAGUCUAUACAUUAGAAACUAAUUAUGCUGUAAUUUUUACUUGCAAAAAAUGGUGGCUGGUCCCAUUGCUGAAAUAGGCCAGAUUUAAGCCAUAAAACUAAUAAUUGCCAAGCACAGUAGCAUAUAAAUGAUGUGAUGUCUAAAUUGGAAGAUUUGUAGCAGCUCGUCAAAGUAAAUUGAAAAUGGAUUGAUCAGUCUUUGAAAGUUGGAUCAUAGACUGGACAAGUUAAUACUUUGCAUAAAUUGGGAUUAUUUGAAUUUUUCUGUCUGGUCUCCCAAUACCCCUUUUAACAGUAAUUAAUACAGUAACUGUAUUAACCUUCUUUUUAAAAUGUGUUUACUAAUUUUUGUUCAACCUCAAGCCUUUCUUCAGUGAAAAAACUAUACAUAUUGCAGUGAAGCCAGAUAUAUAUAUUUUUAUGUAAACUCUCUGUGUAUUUAGAUGCAUAUGUAUGUUGUGUGUAAAUUCCAGGAUUAAAUUCUGUGAGUUACAGCA